UUCACGCAUGUUGUAUUGUAUUGUAUUGCCUUUGCUUUAGUGAAAAUCUCAUUACACGUUACACCACAGACUUUCCAAGUGUAUUUAGUUAAACAACCCUAUUUAUUCAACUGUGUUUAGAUCUCCAUUUUUAAAGCGCCUCCUACGCGUGAAGAUAUGUCUACAAUUGUUAAAGUGGAACCGAAACAAGAAGAAGAAAUAAGUAAAUACCUUGCGGAGAAGAUUUUUCUUACAAAUGAUGUCUCUGCAACUGUAAAACAGGAAUCUAAUGUGAUUACAAUUAGUGCAAAUUGUUCUAAAGACAGUCAGGGAGAUGAAUAUCUUGGAAACAAAUAUCAGGAAAAUUUAUUACAUAAUAAGCGUCAACUAGUUUCAGAAAACUUUGAAUGUACCCAGUGUGGUUUUGCAACCAAUAGUCGCUUCCAUUUCAAAAGACAUUCAUUAAUACACGAUCCCAGGGCGUUAAAAUGUACUCAUUGUGACUUCUCAACCAGUUAUAAAUCUAGUUUGAAGAUACAUGUGUUAACACAUAAGACCUCUAAAGAUUUUAAGUGUGGUCAAUGUGAUUAUGCAACCCACAAUCGUACCCAUCUUAAAUAUCAUCUGUUAAAACAUAGGGCUUCCAAGGAUAUCAAAUGUGCCUACUGUGACUUCUCAACCAAUUAUAAAUUUAAUUUAAAGUCGCAUAUGUCUGUACAUAAGACAUCCAAAGAAUUUAUGUGUGGCCAGUGUGAUUAUGCAACUAAUAAUAGUGCCCAUUUUAAAAGUCAUCUGUUAACUCACAGAACUUCCAAGGAUAUAAAAUGUGCCCAUUGUGACUAUGCAACCAAUUAUAAAUCUAAUUUAAAAAUACAUGUGUUAACACACAAAUCAUCAAAGGAUUUUAAGUGUGUCCAGUGUGAUUAUGCAACCAAUAAUAGUGCCCAUUUUAAAAGUCAUCUAUUAACUCACAGGACUUCUAAAGAUAUAAAAUGUACCCAUUGUGACUUCGCAACCAAUUAUAAAUUUCAUUUAAAGAAACAUCUGUUAGCACAUAAUAAGACAUCUAAAGAUUUUAAGUGUAUCCAGUGUGAUUACGCAACCAAUAAUAGUGCUAAUUUUAAAGGUCAUCUGUUAACUCACACGACUUCCAAGAAUAUAAAAUGUGCUCUGUGUGACUUCUCAACCCAUUAUAAAUCUACUUUAAAGACUCAUUUCUUAACACAUACUGCAUCUAAAGCUUUUGUAUGUACUCAGUGUAAUUAUGCAACCAAUAGACGCUCCAAUUUCAAAACACAUUCGUUAAUACACGGCCCCAAGGCUUUAAAAUGUGCUCAUUGUAACUUCGCAACCAAUUAUAAAUCUAGUUUGAAGUCGCAUAUGUCGGCACAUAUGAAAUCUAAAGAAUUCAUGUGUGUCCAAUGUGAUUAUGCAACCAAUAAUAGUACCUAUUUUAAAAGUCAUCUGUUAACUCACAGGACUUCAAAGGAUAUAAAAUGUGCCCAUUGUGACUUCGCAACCAAGUAUAAGUCUAAUAUAAAAAUUCAUAUGUUAAUACACAAAACAUCAAAAGAUUUUAAGUGUGUCCAGUGUGAUUAUGCGACCAAUUGUAAAUCUAACUUAAAAAUACAUGUGGUAACACACAAGACUUCUAAAGAUUUCAAAUGUGCUCAGUGUGAUUUUGCAAGCAAUUAUAAAUCUCGUUUAAAAGCACAUCUAUUAACACAUAAAACAUUUAAAGAUUUUAAGUGUGUCCAGUGUGAUUUUGCUACCAAUAUUAAAUCUAAUUUAAAAACGCAUCUAUUAACGCAUAAAACAUCUAAAGAUUUAAAAUGUGCCCAGUGUGACUACUCAACCAAUUAUAAAUCUAGUUUAAAAACACAUAUGUUAAUACAUAGGACGUCUAAAGAUUUAACGUGCGCCCAAUGUGAUUUUGCAACCAAUAAUGGUGCAUAUUUUAAAAAGCAUAUGGUCGCACAUAAGAGGACUAAAGAUUUAAAAUGUGCUUAGUGUUAUUUUGAAACCAAUUAUAAAUUUAGUCUUAAGGCGCAUAUGGUUAAGACAUAUGUAGCUUAGGAUUUGUAUGCAUUUACAUGUUUUCGCUACUCACUUUAAGCAAAUGCAAAAUUCAUACUCGCUGUUGAAAAUGCAAGUAGUGCGUAAAUUUUAACUCUGGACCCACAGAUCUCCUAAGUUCCAUUCUUAAAUAUACAUGUCAAAUGCCCCUUAAGAUAUGCAACCAAUCUUACUUAUUUUCAAAUGUUUUUCAAUAAACUUCCAUAUCUGAACUAUGUGUAUAAAUGUACAAAAAAAGAAAAAUGGAAAUGUUACAGAUGUGGUUUAAUAUAGUAAUUUGCUGCUAAAUAUCUUGAUAAGCCAAUUCA